UUAGAUUUAUAGUGGGUUCCAUAAUUUCCCCUCCAUUAUCAAACUUUUUAAGUUGUAUUUAAAUAAGCGCAUGUUUAUAAUUAUUUUCGUUUAUUCGCUGUAGAGAUGGUCUAAAAGUAUUCAAGUUAUUUCAUAUUAGUGUUAUUAUUUUCAUUCAAAUUAGUUUUCUAAAUUAUUAUUAGUCUUAAAGUAAAAAUAUAAAUCCUCAUAAUUACAAUCAGACUUUAUAAGACGUCAAAAAUGUUAAGUUACAUGGACAUACAUCGAACGUACACUCUUCCAGCUAUUGGUAUAUUAACACUAAUAACGCUGCCAUUUAUCAAUCGCUGGGAGAUGUCAAAGACCGCAUUCAUAACCGCCGUAGCACUUCUUUAUACGACGCCAUGUUACAACUACAGUAUCUUCAAUGGAGCCAGGUCGUAUUCCCCCGAACGAGUGUCAGCCAUCGUAGGAAACGUACCCGUCGAAGAGCACUUGUCAGUUGUCCUGCAGAUUGCGUUAAUUUCGCUUUGGGCUUUGCUGUGUCUCCGGUGGAGGCUGCCGUUUUUGAAUUUCAACCACGACGAACGGAGUUAUCAAUUGAUCCGAUGGAUACCGAUUUUGUUUUUGAGCGUUGUUAUGGCCGUAGGGUUCAAAAUUGCCGUUCCGGAACAAAAAACGUUCUACUUGGGAAGUAUUAUGUGUUGGGCGUCUCCGGUCAUCAUGCUCAUGUGGUACGGUGCCGGCAACUAUUUCGUGAGAAACAUAAAACUUUCGUCCGUAGCGAUCGCGAUCCCGACUCUAUACUUGUUAUGGGUCAACCGGAUAGCCCUGAAGGAAAACGUAUGGCAUCUGAAUAAAACAACCAGCUUAAGCGUAACCGUGACCAAUGGUUUGCCACUAGAAGAAGCGUUAUUUACGUUCAUAACAACCACUAUGGUUGUGUUGGCGGGAAAUUGUUACGACAAAGCGUACGGGAUGAUCGUAACUUUUUCGUUGAUAUUCCCGCAUCAGUUUAGUUUGAGUUGGAAAUUUAUCAGUCAAAUGUAUAAAGCGUUCGAGACUUCUGAAUAUUCUAUGCCAUCUAUUAUCACAGAAGAUUUAAAAAGAUGUAUCAAAGUACUAGAUACUUCAAAUAUAUUUGGUACUUCUAAUUAUUUAUUUCACAUUGCAACGCGAUUGGAUCUUAUAAUAAUUUAUGCAAUUGGUCGUAUUACGGAUAACGUGAUUGAUGAUACUUCGAUAUCAAAUGCGGAAAAAAGAAAACUCAAAUUAAAACUUGCAUACAAUUUCCUUAAAUUACAAUUCGCUGACAGAAAAUCAGAUUACGAUGUUAAAUCAAAACCACAUGAAGUGGACAUAGAUUGGACUCAAUACGAAUCAAUUCUGACCGACGAUGAAUUAUCUAGUUUUCGAGCAUUAUCUAGAAUUACAUUUUUUUUACCUCGUAAGCCAUUUGAAGAGAUACUAGAAGGUUUCGAUAUGGAUAUGAGUGAUACGUUAUAUCGGAAUGAAAAUGAUUUACUAACAUAUAACAAAAACGUAGCUGGAAGUUUUGCUGCGUUGUUUAUUUAUGUAGUCAUAUACAGAUACAAUAUUGACAAAUAUGAAUUCAUUGAAAAGGACGAUUUUUUAAUUAAAAAAUCGUAUCAAAUAGGAAAUGGUCUACAGUUUGUAAAUAUUGCCCGAGAUAUUGUCAUCGACAGCGAAAAAUUGGGUCGUUGCUAUAUUCCUACUGAAUUUAUGGAUGACGAAAUAGAAGAACUAAGAAUAUUAUGUAAAGAAAAAAAUCCAAGGUCUCUGGGAAAUAAAAAGUUGCAAAGAUACGCUAAAACGUUGAUAAAGAUAGCUGACAAACAUCAAUUCGAAGCUGUGGAUGCAAUCAAAUGUUUGCCGCGAGAAUUGAGACCUUUAAUUUUAACAUCCAUUGAGAUAUAUCGAGGCCUCAUUUAUUGUAUUCAGUCUUGUCCAUCAUUUCCAAAUAAAGCAAAGAUAUCAAAGUUGCAUAAAUCUAUGAUAAUACUCAAAGGACUUUACAUUCAAAGCAUUAAGUACGUGGUAUAAGUUUAUGUUUAAAUAUAAAUUGUAUUAUAAUUUAUAUUAUAUGGAGUUAUUAAAACAGAGAUAUUAGGGUUUUUCACGAAGUAUAAAAACAUUUUAUAAUAAAUUUAAUAAACCUAUUUAUCAUAAAAAUGGUCACUAAUAUAGUUUAUAAUUAAUGACUUAAACUUUUUAUUUUAUUAAUUAUAGUUUAUAGUAUCAUAGAAUUAAUCGUUAAGAAAUACAAUUAUACAAUCAAGCUACCUAAGUAUAAAAGUAUAAUGUAUGAUGUUUGGUCUUAAAAUCCAUUGACAAUUAUAAUAGACGUAGCUGAUACGUAUUAGUUUUGUCUGAAUUUUCUAACAAUAUGCUUUUAGUAUUGAAAUAGAAAGAUUUUGUGAUAAUAUUUAUAAGUACCAACAUUAUAAGCACUCGGUAUGUUGAAACCACGAAAAACCUUAGGUUAUGUAAAAAUAAUGGGAGCUAAUCAAAGAAAAGUUAAAUAUAUAUUUUAUAGCAUAAUAAAUUUGAAUAACCUGGUCUCAUUAACAGAAAAUAUUAUAUUAUCUCUUAAGGUGUAGAAUUAUUUUGUAUUCUUGAAUAAUUCAAUAAUUUUACCUUUGGUUUAUGUAUUAUUUAUUUAUCUAGUGAGUUUAUAUAUGUAGAUAGCUAUACAAAAUGUUAUUAUAUUUUUUAUGAGCACCUACUCAAAUAAAUAAACAGAUAUUUUUAUAAUUUAUAUCUUUUAUACAUGGCAUAAAUAGCACCUACCGGCUACCUUUCAUUGACGUAACUAGGAUUUAAUAGUUGCAGAGACUAGACUACUAAAGUUUUAGAAAACUAAAGAUUGAACUAGGACACGGGGGCGACGACCCCACAUUCCCAGCAUUAUAUAGUAAUUAGGGUUUAAUAGUGCCAGUGUGUAUAGGGAGAUCAAAUUUUAAUUAUAUAAACCAAAGAAUUAAAAUUUCCCCACCAACAAAACUCUAAAUAUAGUCUUAACAUAUCAAAAAAGUAUACAUUUUUAUUUAGCGUAAGAACGCCAUGAAUUGAAAUAAUGUAACUUCGAAUUUAAAUAGUAAAUUAAAAAUUAUAUUUUAUUAACUUAAUUAAAAAUCAUAUUGAGCUAAUUGUUUACUACUCGAAAAAAGUCAAGUCAUAACUCAUAUUGAUGAAUUUUGAGUUACAAUAGUUUUGUUCUAUGAUUACUUUUAAUCAAAAAUUAUUUUAAACCGAACCCAUUGCAACAAUUUGUUUUAUGCUAGAAUUCGGUUUUUAAAUGGGAAACUUAUUGAGAGGCUAAAUAUGUGUAUUAGAAGGUUCACUUCCUCCCCCUUCACUAAUUACGCCAAUGCUACUUAAAUGGACUUUCAUUGAACUAUGAUUAAUGUGAAAUAUAUAGGUUAAUUCUUUGCAUGCCUAGAUAACUAUGCCUAUUCAAUAGUUAUAUGUGUUUUUAUUGUUUAAUUGCUAAAUAAAAUUUUAUAUGUUUACUGUAAACUAUUAUAACUUAUCCUAAAACAUCUAAUAUUUAUCAUAAUUAAUGUUUUAAUUUUUGAUUUAUCGGUACUUUGAUAGUCAACAUUUUGACCUGACGAUAUUUUAUAUCUGCCAUGUGUAAUAAUAAGAAA